GCUAGAAUAAACACUAUUGAGAUAAUGCAAAAGUAUAUAAAAUCAAGUGCUUAUUUGGAGCACUCAAACCACAAACAGAAUGAAGCAGAGUACUUUCCUUGUAGUUCUUGUAUUGAUGACUGUUUUUACAGCAUUCGCUGCUAAAAUUAAAGAACCACGAAUCACCAACGGGGACGUAGCUGCAAAGGGUCAGUUUCCAUGGCAAGUCGGUGUUGUAGCCACCAGAAGCGGUUGGAUAAAUUACUGUGGAGGUGCGCUUAUUAGCCAAGAAUGGGUUUUAACAGUCGCACACUGCAUUUACGAAGCUGAGGCCGUUAUAAUCAUCUACGACACUUUAAGCUUAGAAGAUCCGAAUGCCAAUGUUAAAAAAACAGAAAAGUACAUUGUACAUGAAUCAUACGACAACAAAACGCUUCAAAACGACGUUGGAUUAAUCCUGCUCGACGAUCCAUUACCAGAUGACAAAGUUCAAGCCAUCGCAUUAGCUGAAGACGAACUGGAAGCAGGGACUCAAGUAACAGUAAUCGGUUGGGGCCUUACCAGUGAUGAUGAAAGUGAAUUUUACGAUGUUUUGCGCUAUAUGACAGUUCCUACUAUCGAUAAUGAAAAAUGUGCACAAGUGUAUGGGUUGGACGUUGUGCAGCCUAACGUGGUGUGUACGGAUCCUGGAAAUCCGGUGAAGAAUCCUUGCAAGGGAGAUGGUGGAGAUCCGGCUAUAGUGGAUGUUGACUCGAAUCCGACUCAUGUCGCUUUGUUUAGUUUUUUGAGUACGUAUGGGUGCGAGGAUCCUGAUUUUCCGGCGGGUUUUACGAGAACGGCGUUUUAUAGAAAGUGGAUUAGAGAUUUAACCGGGAUAUAGCCGACAUCUUAUGAAUACUGGAAAUUAUAAUAAAUAUCAAGCCAUCUCAACUUAAUAAUAAUAAUAAUAAUAAUAGUUUAUUGUCUAACAGAACAAUGUUCCAAUAGAGACAACAAAUAAAAUAAAAAAAAAAAUUAUGGGUUAUAUUUGUCUUAAGGGGACUCGCUAGACGAGGCAACAUUUUUUU